GUUGUUGUAGCUGUCAAUCACGCUCCUCUGUACACCUUACACGCUGGACGACAUUUUUCUGGUUUUUAUCGAGACAUCCAACCUGGUAGUUAGAUAUACGAGAUAAGGACACGAUUACGAAAUCCGAUAUUUUGCUGACGCGUUUACUUAUGUAUAUAUACAAAUACAUGGUGUUUGCGCAUGCAUUCUGCAGGACCGAGAACAGAGGAGGAAGGCUGGAGUUGAGUUCCAGAACAAGCGAACUCUAAAGCUAGCGGUGUAUGUAACGUUAUAGUCUAUUCUGCAUGGAAAUGCAUUUAGAGACGCUCUAAACGCAUCAUUUGAGUUUGUUUAUACGGUGUUGUUUUAUAUCAGGUGCAUAUUGUUGUGCAUGUGCAGAAUACUGUAAAUCAGGCCUAGCUAGCGGUGUCAGAUGUAACGCUAAUGGUCUAAUAGGCUAUUAGUGCUUUUUUUUUUACUAAUGGUAAUAGAUUUGUUUACAUGCCCAAUUUCGGGUUGGCCUUGUGUGUUUAAAAGAAAUCGGUAUCGCGUUGUUGAACUGAAGCUAACGCACGGCGGUUGCUCCACCAGAUUCGCGCAUGCUAAGUUACUUUAGCGAGGUUAUAGCUAACAUACAGCCGAACGGUGCAUUCAGAAGUGUAUUAAUCACACGAGCAUGACGGCAGAGAUGACCGUAACCGAAUAAAAAUGCGUUAUCAAGUGCUGUAGGAUCGGGCGGAGGACGGAAAGCUCAUGUCUGUGCGCCGUUAGCUCGCUUCAGCGCUCAUAGGCCACGUCGCCUGUGUGUGUCGGUGUGUUUGAUCUACUGACAGUGGCGUCGCGUGAAUGCAAACAAGGAAAAGCUUGAAGUCGCCAACUGUGCGGAAGGGAUCCGGUGGAGUCGUCAAGUAGUUGUGUGACCAACUUCAGGACACUUCAAGGUUGCUGUAAGCCGAAUGUGGAUGAACACAAAUCUUUCGAGAUAGAUAACUCAGUAGAGCAGUGGCCACAGCAAUAGUUUUUCUCCUUCUUUAAGUUACGCGCGGCGCUCACACAAAGCGAGGGAUCGUAAUCUCUGUUCGAUUACGCGAUGAUCGGCUUCGGCGCGAAUCGACGUGGCGGUCGCCUCCCGUCCUUCAUCCUGAUCGUGUUAUUGGUGGUGAUCGUCAUUCUGUCGUUUAACUACUGGAGUGUGUCCACUAAGCACGGGCGGCUGCUGGACGAGCUGGCCGAGAUGCAGACGCAGGUGAAGCGCACGGACGCGGCGCGCUCGCGCCUGGAGAAGAGGAACUCCGAGCUGAUGGUGCAGGUGGACACGCACCGGAAACAGAUCGACCAGAAGGACGGAGACUACAGCGUGCUGGAGAGCAAACUGCAGGCCAGGGAUGCGCUGCUCAAAGCCUGCACCGAUGACAAGAAUAAGCUGCAAAAUGAUGUCAGUGCCCAGAUGUCAGAGAUUCACAGACUGAAAGAGCAAGUAAAGGAAUUGAGGCAGGAGGUCAUCCGACAGGAAGACCAACUGAGGGAAGUGCGGAAAAACAGCACCAAUUUGGAAAAGAAGCUAGAGUAUGAGAGCUUGCAGUGUGGCCGACAAAUAGCUGAGCUGAAGGCAGAAUAUGAAGAGAGCAAGAAAAGAGUAGAAGAAGAGGCAGCAAAACUCAGACAGAGUUUAUUAGAGAAUCGUAAAGUGGACACAGGGGGUCGGAAGUUGGAGGCGGAUCUUGAUCAACCCAUCAAAAAAAAAGAGGAGGACGCUGCAGAGCGCCACACAGUGGCUGCAAGGCGAAAUGACAGCCCAGUUCUUAAAGAUGAUCUGGGUAAACCUGGUAGCGAUGCUGGCAUGCCUGGCAUUGAGGACAGUGAAGUAGGCAAGAUAGAAGAUGCACAGUUUGCCCUAAAGAAGCCAGCCAUCACACUGCAGAAGCACAUGGAGCCCGCAGAAGCUGCAGCAUUGCUGAAGGAGGAGAGGGCAGGGUUCGGAGCUGGAGCUGGUGCCAGACCAGGGGAUGAUUUGGCCCGCGGGCAACCGUUGGACCGACCAGACAUGCCCCAUGAUGAAAAACUGCAUUUAGGGAACAACGAUGUACCUGUGCAGCAGCAGGUUCCAAAGCCGGUGGCAGACAAACCCUUGCUGUUUGACAAAGAUAAUAAGGCAGGCAUAAAAGCAGAUGAGUUUGGGGAGCAGCGUAGACAGCUGGGAGCUGAAGGUUUAAAGGCAGAGGGAGUUGGACUUCCUCCUCCUCCUAACCCGGCUCAGGUCCUUCCGAAACCCAUUGACCCACACAAUGGCAGAGAUCACGCGCCCGCUGACAUUCCACGUCACCGUCAGAGCCGUUUCUUUGAUGAAAAUGAGUCCCCUGUAGAACCGCAACACGGCAAUAAGCUGGCGGACUAUAACGGGGAUGAUGGCAACGUGGGUGAGUAUGAGGCGGACAAACAGGCUGAGCUGGCCUACAAUGAGGAAGAGGAUGGUGAUGGUGGGGAGGAAGACGUCCAAGACGAUGAAGAUCGGGAGGCUCCAGGUGAAAGGGCUGUGGAUUAUGGAAAGCGACAUCAAGCCAUUGAUGUCCUGUAGUUCAAUCCCUCACAAAUCCUUUGUUGAGCUUUGGAUCUUUCUGACAAUGAAGUAGCCAAGCCAGGAAAAGGAACUUUGGAUUUCACCUGCGAUUUUGGUAUAAUGAUUGGAGACAUUCAGACUAUUCAAACUAUUUCAGUGUCUUCAGAGAGGAACGAUUUUCAGCGGUUACAGUUGUGUAAUCGGUGACUGCAGAUGAGUGUUUUAUUCAACUUAAAUAUGACAGUGAUUUCAUAAUCUGCUGCAAAUGUUUGCUUGCACAUGACCUGAUUUGAGUGUAUUGUUUUCAUGGUGUUUUUUUUUUUGCCCUCAUCUGUAGCACAGGUGUAUCAGAAUUGGGAUUUGGAACUAUUAUUUUGUACAAAUGUCUUGUUUUUUCUUUCUUUCUUUUUUUUCUUUUGGAUAAUAAAAUAACUUCUCCAGGGAUUGGAGGACACAACUGUGAAUAGAUAAUAAGGAAGUAAUAUUUCUCUGUUAGAUUCACAAAGUGGAACAUAUUGAUACUACUGGUGAAAAGGACCUCUACAACACCAACACCAGUUUUCCUUCAUUUUUUUGAGAACUGCUGAAAAGUAUAAUCUCCCUUUUAGCUUUUUGGACAACUGUUGCCUAAGUGUAAACUAUGGGAAGAUGCAAUUAAGUUGCUGUUCAACUUUUUAAUCUCUCUGGUACAUAAUGACACUGAUUGGCCAGAUGGGGGUCUUUUUUUGGUUUUUGUUUUUGGAACUACUCCGAUUCUAAUUCUGAAGGAGCACUUAGAAGUGCACAUGGAGUCUUGUAAGGACAUUGUUGCAUGCAAAAGGCAGCCUUUGUAAAUCAGCCUGUAGAUCAUCAAGAAAAUGGAAAAAAAGCAAUACUUGGUGCCACAGACUAAACUCAUCACAGCUAUUGGCCUGCUUCCUUUCUUACUGGUAGCUGUAGAUGUACAGUACAUAUAAGGAGGAAUCUGUGUGGCAAGGAAUGCUGUAAAAUUGCUAAACUCUCAAAUGAAAAUAAUGAUUAUAGACCUAACUGUUUGUGUUUGUUUCAUACUCAAGCAAAAUUUGGUAGGGUUGGCAUACUGAAUGUACUCUUAUAGCUUGUGAUUGUUUUUGAGAUCUGUCACAUGGGUGUUUGGGCUCUCUUACACAGCUGUGCAGUGCAAUCCAAGGAUAAUGAUUAACAAAUUGCUCCAUAUUUCAAAUAAACUGGUGCUGUUUUGGGAAAAAGUGCAAAUCCUAUCACUGUGAGUCGACUGAAGUACGGAAAGUAGUAGCAUCAAGAAGGGCACUCAGAAAUCUUCAUUAAAUUGUCCCAGGCUGCUUUACAAACAAAAAUGAUUACAUUACGGUAACAAUAAAAUAUUUUUUUCUGUA